CGCAUUCGACCGCGGUGCUGUGUGUAUCGCUGCACGGGAAAUGAUUAUAGCGAACUAUUAAGUUGUGAAUUUUUAUUUCUGAUCGUUUCGUAAAUUAUUAGUUAUAUUUGUUUGCACUAUACGUUAUGUUUUACGGUGUUAUAGUUAUUAUCAUGAAUAGUAAUAACUUUUAAAAACUUAACGUAUUUUCGGAUAAUGUACGUGCGUGAUCUUUAAUUAGUACGCGAAUUUUUAUACUAGAUUAAAGGACAUUAUUAUGCCAAUAUCACUGUUUGGAUUACUGUGCUGUUUAUGAUAAGGAAGGACUUUUUUGGACUUGAAUACACCGGGGAUACCAAAGAAAAUGUGUGCCAAAAUGUUAUUUAGUUUUUCCUUGUUUUCUGCUUUAAUAUCAUGGAUUGCCGUAUUUGCUGAAGAGGAGGUUUCAUCUCCUCUGAGAGUAGCGCAGUGUCGGGCGACGUGCUUACAAAAGUUUGCGGCGCCUCGGCCCGGUGGGGAGUCAUCGUGUUUGCAAGGCCCCGACUGUUUUAUGUGCUGGGAAAAUUGCGAAUUGCUUCAAUCCAACUAUCAGGUGUGGGGAGCAGUUUGUGAUGAACAGGAUAUUUGUUUCCCUGGCUGCAAGGUUGCUUGUGAAUUCCACGCUGAAGCAGCAAGAGCUUCCCAGACACAACCUGUUAUUCACACAAAAGGCGAAGGGGUAAUGCGAGUGAGUGGGGCACUUGCUCGCUGGCCUCCGCCGGCUCCAAGAACAGCUUCCAGGCCUACACCAUUCGUGUAUGUCGUAAUGCGCCGAGCAGCUGAAGGCCCCUGGAGGCAAAUUAUCCAAACGCAGACUUUGGCCACCAGAGUACCUUCCAAUAACGAAGGUGCUUUACUGCGUGUACUGGUCGUCGACCCUCUAGGACUCGUCACAAUUUAUAGCCCAGACGAAACUUGGGUAGCUCACGAUAGCAACACGUCUAAUCACGAUGAACAUAAAUGGAUAUUAAAAGAAAUUUCACUUAUUCACCAGAAAGUUCUUGUCAUUGGUGAAAUCGCAUGGGAACCGAGAAUAACGAGAGGUGUAUAUCUCGUAACGUGGGAGGUAGAUGGAGGUGGAUUAAAAGGAAAUCUAUUCACAGAUUCUACAAGAGUUACAUUAUCUUUAUGGCCUGACACAAUUUAUCAUAUCCAAGUAGAACUGGUUUCUCGUACACCCGGUGUUGAUAAUGAAAAAUCAGAAACGAUGACAAUUGACACAAGUCGUGCCCAACGUGUUUCAACUGAAAGCGUUCAAGACGUCGAAGUUAGUGAAGGCGAUCGGCUGAUGUCCGUUCUUGUAAGUUCUAUGAGAGGAGAACGUGUCCCGGAGAGGGCUCCUGACUCUGAGCUAGUUCUUGGGUGCUUAUCCGCAAUGAUUGCUUUUGGAUUAGCUGUACUAGCGGCUAUUAUUUGGAGGCGAAGGCGACGCGGUACAUUUCCAGGUACCAACGUCUAUGUUGGGUCCUCAUCUGUUCUUAAAAGAAAACUAGUGGAAGAUUUUACUCCAACUUCGCAUUGUUUUCAACCAGUACUAGCUCCUGAAACACCCACUAACGAACCCGCUUCGAGGGAUGUCGUAGUGUGACGUCAUAGCUAUGAAAUGUUGUCAAUAGAAGAUCGGGCAUUCAGUUCCUAAAGAGUAUGGACUUAAUAGUUUGAAGAGUAGAUGCAACCGUGCUAAUGUCAGUAAGUCAAGGAUUUUCGAAUGUGAUAAAAUUAAAUUAGUUUGAACUUGUGAGAGUUGUGGUGGUGCGGAUAUCUGUGACUUUUAUUUUUUGUGAUCUAUAUUACUCUGUACGUUGACAAUCACUGUACCAGCAACUAUAAAAUCAUACUAUAUAAAUUUUGUAUGUAGUUUUAGAAAAAUUGUAAAUUUAAAAAUUGUACUUAUAAAUGUAUUUAUGAAAUCACAGUAAGGAAAACACCAGGAAUCUUAGAUGUAAAUAAUAUAAGGCUAAGCGAUAUAUCUUUUUAUGAAUAAUAAUUGAAUUUGUGUGUUGUAAAUAUUUUAUAGGUGUUAAAUACUUGCACCGUUUCUUUGUAUUGUGCCGUGUGCAAAUCAAAGACUAUGUAAUAUUACGUGCUGUUUUUAACUUUGUCUAUGGUUCGUAGAAAUUUUACGCUGUGGUAUGGUUUUCUGCUAAACGUGUUUGAUAUGCCAUAAAUAAAACUGUGUUAAAUCAGACGCAAACCGAAGGUAAAGCUGGAAUGAAAUAAUUAUGUGUAUACUUUGUUGGUAUUUAAAUAUUAUUGGUAAAUUGAAAUGAAAGUCAAACAGAUUACGCUGUGUUUUUAGCGAUAAUCGUUUCCUAUGUUGUAUAUUCGAAUUAUUUAUCACAUUAGCUGUUUUAUAAGUCAUUAAAAGGUAAAAUUUACGUAAUAAUCAAUUCGUUUAUAAACAUGACAUACCCUCGGUUUGUGUUUCCUUAACAUUAUAUUCUUAUCUAAUAUCAGUAUCAGGAUCUUAUCAUCGUUUCAAUAGAAUAGACGUCCUAAUACAGGACCUAUAUAUAGGUCUUCUUCUUCAGCAAUAAAUACUUGUACGAGUUUGUAAAUAUGAAGGAUCUAUUGUAAAAAUUGUAACAGAGAAAGUAUAUUUUUCUUGAAGGCGACAGAAAAUUUAUCUAAUUAAUACCGAGUUUUUAAUAUAACUAUAUUAAAACGAUACUCAUAUCGUUUAGAUUAGCCGGUCAGUUAAUCCUUGUAUUGUUGCUGUAGGAAUUUGUUUAAAGUUGAUGUUAGCUUUGACAUGUACUUAUCUUUGUUUUUUCGUAGCGUGAAAAGUUAAAGCCAAAAGUAUUUUGUGUUGUAAACAAAUAUUUUGGUUUCCCCAUGACCAAAUUCAUAUUAGAGUUAGGCUUAGUUAAAUUAAUUUAUUUUAAACUUCAUCCGAAUUUGUAAAUAGUUGCUAAUUGAUGAAGCUACACUUUAAUAAGUAUAAAUAAAUAUGUCUGCCAAAUUA